AUGAUUACAAAAUUAAAACAAUUCAUAAAUGAUAAUUCUGUGCCAAAUGCAAACAGUCCUGUUCUUACAGCACUCAGAGAUUUAAAACUGAAUACCAAUGACACUCAAUUUACAUAAUAAGGAGAAAUUAGUAAGAGAUUAAAGCAUUUUUUCGCAAAUGAUCAAUCAAAAGUAAAUUAAUAAAUGACCAUUUAUUAGUCUUAGUUCUUAAAAUAAUUAUUAAUUAUCGUUGGAGACUACUUACAAUAAGAGAAAAACUUCUUUGUUAAAUUAAAAAUGUUAUUGCUAGUACAUAUUAUUAUCAGUUCUCAAGUGGCAAGAGCUGAAUUCUCAAAAAUGAUCAUCAACACACGUUUAAUAAUAAAUAUAAAGAGUAAAGAUGAGUUAGAAAAUGUGCUUGGAUAAUUAUGCCAAUCCUAUUAUUGUUAUAUAUAUAAAUUGGCUGCUUAAACUACUUUAAUAAAUGAGGAAUUCAAUAAACCUUAAGAUGAUCUGAUGAUCUACUUCACAUUAUCUAAUUAAUGUUAUAUAGGGAUGAACAUGCAAUAACUAAUAGAAAAGAUGAAUAAAGAGUAUGAUCCAAAUCCUGUAAUGGCUCAUUUAGUAAAAUUCUUAUAUUUUGACAUUCAGGAUAUUUAUAUAUUUAUACUAAAAGAUGUUAAAUAUCUAAUAGAAAAGAAUCCAAGUUUAAUAUGCAAUAAAUAACAACUAUUAGAGUUGUAUAAGGAAGUAUAAUAAACAAAAAAAUUAGUGUCAAUCAUUGCAAAGCAAAAUGUUGAGUUUUUACAAAUUCAAUAGAUUGUUUCCUCAUUUUAAUUAGAUAAUGCCUCCACAUUCAAUUUAGAUAAAAGCAUCAGUUUUAAAUGGAAUAAUAGAAGAGAAAGCUGUAGUGAAACAAUUUGGUUAUAAAUAAGGUUCUUAUGAUAUACGAGAACCUUUAUCUGUAAAAAAUUCAGAUAGAAAAGUAAAAGAAUAUAAUCGGCCCUUCUCACCUAAAUCUAAGAUAAAUUAAUGA